UUUAUUCGCGAAUAGACAAAGAACCGUCUCUGUGCUCUCGGUCAACGAAAGGAGAGAGCCCUGAAUAUGGGACAGGCUAAUUGUGCACCCGUUAGGGACUUAUGGUAUGGUCCUGAGUUACGACCAGACUGGAAAAAAGAGCCCACGUUUGAUCCCUUCGUUGGCUUUCCCAAUGGAAGGAAAAUUAGAGAUCCCAAAGUAACACUCGAAGAGAUGGAUGCUCACCUUCUCCCAUUGAGAAGAAGGGAUUAUUGUGCAUACAUGUACAUAAAAUUUUUGGACUGCAAGAAAGAUAAUAAAUGGCCAUAUCUGCCUUGUGAUCUUGUAUUUCAGGAUUUUCAGGCGUGUGAACAUGAAGAUUUUGUGCUAAGAAUGAAAGAAUAUGAAAGAGAAAGAAGACUGAUGGUUCGGGAGGCGAGAAUUAAAAGUAAAAUGGCCCGAGGUGAAAUGUGAGGAAAUGUUACAAGUGACAAGGACAUGGACAGAUUGACUCUUGUAGAUUUGUUGAUAAUGAAUUUAAUUAAAAUAUGCUUACACAUGCUUA